CCCGCGUCCCCCGCCUAUAUAUAAUGCCCCCCCAGUCUCGCCGCCGCCACGAACCCGUCUCACCUCAGGGUCGUGAUUCUUGAUCGAGUUCAUCGACGAGGAGGAGGUAGAGGUAGCAUAGCAGCGGGCGACAUGGGCAAGGUGAGGUCAUUCUUCUCGCGGAAGGGGAAGGGGAGGGGGAGCAGCAGGGCGGAGCGGGAGGCGGCGGAGCUGCCGCGCAGGAACGAGCGGUGGUCGCCCAGGGCGUCCGACCUGGCGGCGCGCGAGGGCUUCUCCUCGUCCUCGGGGGUGGGCGGAGAGAUGGAGCGGGUGUUCAGGAAGUUCGACGCCAACGGCGACGGCCGGAUCUCGCGGGCCGAGCUGGCGUCGCUGUUCGGCAGCGUCGGCCACGCCGUCACCGACGAGGAGGUGGCCCGCAUGAUGGAGGAGGCCGACUCCGAUGGCGACGGCUACAUCAGCCUCGGGGAGUUCGCCGCCAUCAACGCCUCCCCCGCCGGCGGGGACGCCGCCGUCGAGGAGGACCUGCGCCACGCCUUCAGCGUCUUCGACGCCGACGGCAACGGCGUCAUCACCCCCGCCGAGCUCGCCGCCGUGCUGCGCGGCAUCGGGGAGGCCGCCACCGUCGCGCAGUGCCGCCGCAUGAUCGACGGCGUCGACCGCAACGGCGACGGCCUCAUCAACUUCGAGGAGUUCAAGCUCAUGAUGGCCGCCGGCGGCGGCGCCUCCUUCGGCAAGAUCGCUUCUUGAAUUCUCCGCCCUGGAUGAACCCACGCCUCACGUUCUUUUAUUCUUUCAAAUUGUAAAUACAUAAUCACGCGGAGGAUUGUUUACCGCGAAGUAAUUAGUUUCGAAACCACACAAAAACAUAUUUGUAAUCCGCCAUUGUAUGACCGGUUUUGUACAGACUACGCACUGGAAUCGUGAUAACGAUCCCCAGAUACAUCAAAUUUCAGUCAAAUUUGGCGACUUUAAUCUUCUCCGUGUCUGAAUUUUCUCAUUGUAAAUGGUUAAUUACCCAUCAAUUUGACGCAAUUUCACGUUCAAUUA